AUGAAUAUUUUCCGUAUGGCUGGCGAUGUUGCGCACAUCGUCUCCAUCAUCAUCCUCCUCCAUUCCAUCGAGACAACCCAGUCGGUGAACGGUUUAUCGCUAAAGACGCAGGUGUUGUACACAAUUGUGUUUAUCUCACGUUACUUGGACUUGUUUUACCGCUACAUCUCCUUGUACAACUCCUUCAUGAAGGUGUUUUACAUCUCAUCGUCCAUCUACACCGUGUACUUGAUUGCAAAUAAGUACAACAAGAGCAUUAAGGAGCACGUGGACAACUUCGAGGUGAAAUACUUGUUGGGUCCAUCCUUUAUUUUGGGAUUUUUGUUCAACUAUGGCUUCACGUUGCCAGAGAUUUUGUGGUCUUUCAGUUUGUGGCUUGAGGCUGUGGCGAUCUUACCUCAGCUUUUCAUGCUCCAGAAAACGGGUGAGGCCGAGGUUUUGACCACCCACUAUAUCUUCGCGUUGGGGUUGUACAGAGCGUUGUACAUUCCAAAUUGGUUCUACAGAUACUUUGCCGAAGAUAAAUUCGACAAACUUGCCGUGUUGACCGGGAUUAUUCAAACCGUGAUCUACUCUGACUUUUUCUACAUCUAUUACAAGAGUGCAUUUAAGGGCAAGAAGUUCAAGUUGCCAGUGUGA